AUGGCAUCCGCAUCUCAUUAUCUCCUGAAUUCCACCUCGAGUCUAGAGGAAGAUGCUUGGCCUUCGACCCUGCGAGAUCGCCUGCGUGACGACGAUACUCCAGCGACAAGUUCCUCCAUCAGGCCAAUUCCCUACCAGAACAUCUACCAGCAGGUUCACGCCUCUCUUGGGAAAUCCUUGGAGACUUCAAAGCGCGGUAGCAAGGUUGUUCCUGCACCAGAGAGUAAUGAUCAGGCUUCACAGCUUCGAGAAUCGUAUGCUCGCAUGGGCAUGUCCCUCCACAGCUCUGCGAUCGAGCACCUCGUAGAAGCGCACACGGAUGUGCAGGCCAAGACAGCCAGCUUCGCAGAGAAAGCCGGCGAGACCUUGUCGCAAUCCAAACAGCUGUACGCCAACAUUGCCUACCCGCUAUCGGCCACGCUUUGUCAUCACAAUGACCGUGAAGACCACCCUCGAGCAAAUAUCGCGGUUCAUCUGAAGAAGCUCCAGGAAGAAAUCGCUGCCGCGAGAGAAGAGGCUUGGAAGGAACUGAAGAAAGAGCUCACCGACCAAGGUGACCCGAAUGGUGUCGACGAGGAGCUUUUAAAAUUUGCCGAGGACUUGAAGAAACAGGCGGAGGCCAUCGCGGAGGAAAAGUGUCGAUUGUUGGACGAGGUUGACAAAGAGUUCAAGGCUGAGAUCCAGAACGAGACUUUGAAGAUGAUGCAGGAUCUCUUCGACGAUUGA